AUGGAAGAAAUUUUCAAGUGCUCAAAUAUUGAACAUCAUGACAUUGACAGUGAAAGGGAGCUCACAUUACCAAGCAUGAAACAUAUGGAGCUUAAGAACUUGCCAAGACUUGUUAAUAUGAUCAGCCAAGGGUUUAACUUUAAGUUGCACACAGGGGAGUUUUGCAGAGUUGAGGUUCAUGACUGCCCAAAACUCAUGCCAAUUAAGAGGGCAACUAUUGACUGGUCAAAAGAGGGACUUAUAAGGAAAUAUGUGUUGAAAGACAGCCAAUUAAAUAAUAACGAGGCUCUCAAUCAUCCUCUUUCUGUUCUAAAUCCUAGAGAGCUUGAUAGUCAAGCUUCUAGAGUUGAACACCGGUGGCGAGUCAUUGGUGAUUAUGAGCAAGAAGAAACCAACAACUCAGAGCAACAAAUGCUAGGAGGUCUUGUUCCCACACAAGUUUUGAGCUUCCAAUAUCUUUGUUCCUUAAAAGUAACUCAUAGUAAAAAGUUGAAGUUUUUGUUCUCAAUGAGCACUUUCGUCCACAACAGCCUUCCCAAGUUGACUUCCCUGACCUUAGCUGAUUGUGAGGAAUUAGAGGAAAUAAUUACGGAAAAUAAGGAACAUCAAAUCAUGUCCAAUGUUCAAGUUUGCUUCCCAGAAUUAAGACAGUUGGUGGUUGAGAGGUGCAACAAGCUCAAAAGACUCUUCUCUAUGUCCAUGACUAUUAGUCUUCCACAGCUAGACUCUUUGUGGAUAAGUGAGGCUAAUCAAUUAGAGGCGAUUUUUGGACAUGGUAGUGAAAAGGAUGCCAGCUAUGGUGAGACAUCUGUGCUUUCAAGCUUGAGGAUGAUAGAACUAAGAAAUUUGCCAAAUUUGAUGAGUGUUUGUGAAGGGUUAGAGUUUCAAGGGCAGUUAAGCAACAUCAACAUACACAACUGCCCCAGAUUUGUGGAUUCAAGUUUGGGAAGGGCCCUUCAACAAUUGGCAAUAAUGUCGGUUUUAACAGAAGAUUCAAAUGUUCAAACAUCAUCAAAUGCAGAAAAACAAUUGCCUGUAAAUGAAGAAAAAGGGAUGAUGUUGAUCUCAAGCGCAGAGUACUUGUCUUUGGAGGAUUCAAAUGACCUCAUAUAUGUAUGGGAGGGUCCCAGUUUUUUCAUGUUCCAAAAUCUUAAGCAGUUAUGUCUGAGUGGAUGUAGAAAAUUGAAGUGCAUCUUCUCUAGCACUGUGAUUAGAAGCCUCCCAUGUUUGGAGUAUCUAAGCAUUGAAGAAUGUGAGGAGAUGGAGGAAAUAAUGUCAUCAGAAGAAGAGCAUCAUCACUUUCCAAAUGUAGAAAGUUGA